GCACUGCUAGGGAAGCGCCGAAUCGGCAUGCUGUGAGUCGAGGCAAUAGUAAGCUCAUUGGUGAUGCCCUCCUUGGUCAGGCUGGUGUGUGGGCCCAUCCAGCAUGGUGUCCUCUCAUGCCAGAAGGAGGAGGAGGAGGAGAGCGUGCCUCGUCGGCUAGCACUACAUCGAAUAGGACUUCGACGGCUUCCACUAGUUCGGAUAAACUCACCCAAGGAUACUAUCUC